CUUGCACGUGCACGUAGACGUACGUAGCAAAGGUCCUCCGUUCCACUGUUCAAAGUUCAGACUAGCAGGUCGAGAUCUCCUCUCUACAGGCAGCCAGAGUUCUAGCUGAGCAGCAAAAGAUUGCAGCGAUUUGACGAGCAAACAAAGAUAUAUAUAAGAUUCGCCACACCGACACCUAGAUGUCACACGCCAGCCCGCAGGUGGUAUAUAAUAAUAGUGAAAAAAAAGAGAAGCUGCUUCUGGGAUGGCUGCAUUUAUGCAGGCACACUGCUGCCGGCAGCCACGACUGGUUGGAAGGAGGGAGGGGUAGUAGUAAAACCAGGUAGGUGUGGCUGGCUCGUGCAGCGGCGGCAGGCGGCAGUGAGAGCGAUGAGCGCGGCGGCGGCGAGCUCGGUCACCAAGUUCAUCAAGUGCGUCACGGUCGGCGAUGGGGCCGUCGGGAAGACCUGCAUGCUCAUCUGCUACACCUGCAACAAGUUCCCCACGGAUUAUAUCCCCACCGUAUUUGACAACUUCAGCGCCAAUGUCUCCGUGGGUGGGAGCAUCGUUAACUUGGGCCUCUGGGACACGGCAGGCCAGGAGGAUUACAGCAGGUUGAGGCCUCUCAGCUACAGGGGUGCCGAUGUGUUCAUCCUCUCCUUCUCCCUGGUCAGCAGGGCGAGCUAUGAGAACGUCCUCAAGAAGUGGAUGCCAGAGCUUCGCCGAUUUUCACCUACUGUUCCUGUAGUUCUUGUUGGAACCAAACUAGAUCUCCGUGAAGACAGAUCUUACCUUGCUGACCAUUCUGCUGCUUCCAUCAUCUCUACUGAACAGGGAGAAGAGCUCAGGAAGCAGAUAGGCGCUGUGGCGUACAUAGAAUGCAGCUCAAAGACACAGAGGAACGUAAAGGCUGUGUUCGACACUGCAAUUAAAGUAGUGCUGCAACCACCGAGGAGAAGAGAAGUUACCAGGAAGAAAAUGAAGGCAAGGUCGAAUCAGUCUCUGAGAUACCUCUGUGGAAGCGGAUGUUUCACAUCGUAAAGCACAGGCUCUUCUGCGACUGUUGUACUGGACUGGCUAGAUGGUUGCAGCUCUAUGAAUGAGUAGUCCCUUCCGCAGCCACUGGGAACUUCUGGUUCUCUGCUACCUUCCGAUAGAGUGCUCUUCUGCGUUCACCAGCUGUGCAAAAUGAAGUGAGGUCCUAGUUUCUAAAUUCCCUACGAGGUGUACCUUCUUUAGUAUGAAUGGUAGGCUAUUUAGCAGUUCAGCAAAGUGUGAAGUGACCCUUCUAUGCAUGUUUUGUUUCCAAAAACUGAUGUAGCUAAAUCUCUAAUGAAUGGUUAUGGUCGCACCGGAAGAAAAGAAGUUAUUGUAGACUAUUAAUUCCAGUUUUUA